AACAAUCCAAAUAUACUCCACAUGUGCAGCCAAAGUACAACAGCACCAUAAAAGCCAAAAAUUUGUAAUUUAUUUACGUGAAAAGCCAAAAAGGCCUGCAAAAGAAAGCCACUUUGUUUGUAUGGCGUGUCAAACCUUUGGCAGUGGGCUGUAUUCGUAUGCGUGUCAGAAAGUUACGCGGCAUUGUUGUUGUGUGCGUGUGCAAGAGCGGAGCAGCAAUUGCUAAAUUGGUUUUUAUAUAAGCGCCGUCGUUGUUUUUUAACAAUUUUCACGCAUAUACUAAAUAGUAACACACACACCCACAUGUACAAACGUACUUCACGUUACUGUGUUACCAGCGCAACGAGGAGAUUUCCAUGACAACGACAAACAACAACAGCAGCAGCAGUAACAACAACAAGAAAAGCAAACGAUAAGGCGAUAAAAUAAAUAUGCAUAUGGGCAGACACAAUUAAAAAUACACCAAGAGCGGAGCGCCGUCAAGUCAAGGCAAAACAGUUCCAGUUCCCCGCCCAGUGCCACGCACACACACGCACUUCCACACAAUUACAUAUAUGUCAGCAUGUGUGUGUGCGUAUGAGCCACCUGCUGCUGCUGCUGCUGCCUGGACCACUUGUCUACAUAAACUACAAAAACAACUUUAAAUCGAACAUCUCUUCAUACAUCAGCAGCGCUGCUGCUGCUUCAAGCUGCCCCGGUGACAGCGGGCAACGAAGGGCAGUGUCUGCCCUAGGUUGACGGCAACAAGAACAACAACAGCAACAAUAGAAGCGGCAGCGGCAGCAGCAACAGCCACAACAACAGCAAGAUGAACGCCAGCCUCAUAUAUGAGAUACUCAUGUAUUUGAACUCGUUCUAUUUUGGCAUGUAUGCCGCCUUCGAGGUGGGCGUGGGCGUGCUAAAGGCAAUCAAUCUGAAUUAUGGCGAAAACGUUCUGUCACGUGAGGCGACCAUUCUUCUCUCGCUGUGCAUCAUCGAAACGCUGCGCAUUGUCUUUGGCCGCAAGAGUAGCCUCAGCGAUCGUGGCUGGCAAGCGACCGCAUCCGUAAUAUUAACACUGCCCAGUCUUGCUAUUGUUAUCUAUUUGUGUUGUUUUCAAACUUAUGUUCUCAAACUCGAAAUUAUUCUGAGUGCCUUAAUGAUCACCCUACAAGGUGCUGAACUAGUCUAUGCCAGCAUAUUCAUUUGUACAAUGUGUCGACCCGUUACAUACACCUAGCAGUUGGUCAACGUUGCCACGUCGAUGUCCAUGGCCAAGCCAACGGCAGCAUUGCUU